AUUAGCUUGUUAGCACUGGCUAUCGAAACGGAAAGAAAGGAGCGUUCGGUUCAGCAGCAGGUGAACAACUCUCCAGAAACCUGUCCACACAACUAAAGAGGUGAAAUGGCCUCGUCCGCCCUCGGCCAGUCAGCGCCGUUUGUCCCAAACCUGAGCUCUGGGAUGGGGAAGUCUGCAGCCGUGCUAGGGUUGUCUGCCGGGCUGGGGGGAGCAGAGAUGGAGCUGCAGAAAAUGCUGAUCGAUGAGAGGAUGAAGUGUGAAAACCACCGGACCAACUACCAGACUCUGAAGGCUGAACACCAAAGUCUGCAGGAUGAGUUCACGAAGACGCAGGGUGAACUGAGGAGGCUGCUGAGCGACAGGCAGGCUCAGCAGGAGAAAAUGCAGCUGCUGUUGACCCAGCUGCGAGGAGAGAUGAUGGACAAAACCCGGGAGCUGGAGGAGCUUCGACUGCAGGUGAUGACCCCUCAGCGGUUGGAUUUGCUCAGAGCUCAGGUGCAGCAGGAGAUGGAGGCUCCGGUCCGAGAGAGGUUCAACAAACUGGAGGAGGAGACAGAGAAGUACAGGUUGGAGUACAACAAGCUGCGGUAUGAUUACACCAUUGUCAAGUCCCAGUUGGAGCACCAGAGAGAGGAACAUGUUCGUAUACUGGAGGAGAGGAGGAUUCACUUUAAUGCAGAGCUCUCUCGUCUGGAGAAGGACAGGGAAGACCUGGUGGCCCAGUUCCAGGGUUCGGACUCGCUGCGUGACGGGAAACGAGUUGAGGCUCUGUUGAGGGAGAAAGCUCAGCUCCAUCAGAGGCUGAAGGGGCUGGAGGCGGAGACGGGCGAGCUCCGAGCCCAGAAAGAAAACUGCGGUCAGCAGGCUGAGAACGUUCAACGUAUUCAGAUCCGACAGCUCUCAGAGACCCAGUCUACACUCAAAACGAUGGAGGCAGAGAGACAGUCACUGCACCUGAAGCUGGAGCGGAGGGAGAGCGAGCUUCAUCAGAGCAACGAGCAGAUCGUCAAGCUCACCGGGCGACUGCACAAAGUGGAGAGAGAGGUCCACUCGCUCAACUCUGAGAUUCAAAGUCUGAAACAUUCACAUAAGCUGGAGAUGGACGGUGUCAAACUGGAGUGUAACCACUCGAAAGGAGAGAUGGAGAGGGAGAGAGACGCGCUACAGGCGCAGAACGACGGUCUGCAAGCGGAUGUGGAGGUGCUUAAAGAUCUAGCUGAGCGACACAAAGACCUCCUGAUGGAGAAGGAGAGGGAGAUGGUCAGGAGGGUGCAGGCGGCCUGUGAGGAGGAGUUCCGAAAAACUGCAACUCUGCAUGAGGAAAAAUUAGAGUUGGAGAACCGUCUUGCUGCACUGGAACAGCAGAGGGCGCUGCAGGAUGCUACAGAUCACGCUAAGAAGGAGGAGUGGGAGGAACUUCUCCGCAGCUCCCAGCAGGGCGAGGAGUCAUCUCGCAGAGAAGUGCAGAACCUGAGAAGCCGAAUUCAGCAGCAAAUGUCACAGCUCGAGGAGCUGGAGAGACAAAAAACAGAGAUUGCUGAUCUACAGCAGCAAAACCAAGCUCUAGGUGUUCAGCUUGGGACGCUUUCACAUUCUGAAAGUGACUUGAUGGCGAAAAACAAGUGUCUCCGAGAAACACUGGACAGACUCAGGGAGGAGCUUAGGACGACGCGAGGUCAGGCGGAGAAGAGCCAACACGAGGCAGAGAGGAUGUUGGAAGAUCGUCAGGUGGAGUGGUUGGAGGAGAAGCACAAGCUGCAGCAGCGAGAGUCGGAGCUGCAGCACAAACACUGUCGGGUCAAAGAGAAAAUGCAGAGGGCAGCAGCGGCUCAGAAGAAGAGGAAGAUGCUGACAGAGAACAAGGAGAAGAGACUGCAAGAUAGGAUCCAGCUGCUGCAGGCACAGAAUGAGGAACUGGAACUGGAAACUGCUGCAGCCAAGAAACAUUCAUCAUUCUCAGUGGAGCAAGCUCAACUGGGCAAACGGCUGAAGGAGCUGCAGCGUCGACACAACGAGUUUCGACACCUCCUCCUUGGCAGCGGGGUUUCUUUCAGCGGAGGCCCAGCGGUCGUCACCUCCACACCCAACCCCUUCCUCCUCCUUGGCAGUGAGGGGCCAUUAGCUGACAUCCCAGACCGCAACCAGAGGGACUUGUCUCUGCUGCGCCGCAGGCUCCAGGAUCUGGAGAGCGCCCAGCAGCUGCAGCUGGAAGAGCUGGGAUCUGUUGCGCACACUGAACGGGACCCCAGUCUCCAGCCUGACCUUUGACCCCUACACUGCUUCUCAUUGGACUUGCACUACAACAAGCCCAGGUUUCCAAUAAAAGACACCAACAGUGUGUUUUACUUUUUUACCAAA